AAACAUUAUAAAUCGAUAAACAGAGUUGCACUCUUCACAAAAAUAAACCAACUCACAUCAAACACAACAGCACACACAAAAAAGGGGAAAAGAAAGAAUCGGAUAAAGAAAAGAAGGAAAUGGCGAAGAAAACAAUCACCAUGAAAUCACUAUCUCAAGAAGUGGAUCUUGUUUUUCUCGAUGAGCAACAAGAGCCUGAUCUUUCUUACUGGGAAUUUAUUAAUCAAUCCGAUGCUGAUGAUUCAGAUACUGAAUCUUUGAUUAGUCUUGAAAACGGGUUUGUUUCUUGGUAUACUUUAACCCCAUCUUCACCAGCGCCGCCACCACCACAGUCCCCAAACAUUAACCAAGGAAUUGAAGCCCAAGUGAUGAUUGAAGACCAAUAUGGUUAUAAUGAUGUGAAUUCUUGCAAUGAUCAUGUUGGUUUUUAUGGGGGUUAUCAGCCUGAGGCAGGGUCUAUUAUUUAUCAUGAUGAUGAUGACGAAGAGGAUUACGAUGAUGAUGAUGUUGAUGUUGAUGGAUAUGGGCUGGAUGAUGAAUUGGUGCCAUGGAAUGUGAGUGGGAAGUUAGGGAGGCAGAGAAUGAGGAAAUUAGGGAAAAGGGUUUUCUCAAAAAUGGGUAGUUCAAAGAGGAAUCCUUAUCUGCAUGUGAAGGCAGGUGCUGUUCAUGGAAAGCAUGGAUUGGGGUUGAAGGCUUGAAACUUGAAGGUAAUUUGUUCGGGAAAAACUAUUUCAUCUUGAAAUGGGUAUUUUUUCCAUUCAAGAUUUCGGUUGGUUGGUUGGAUGGAUGUAAGUAAUGAAAUUCUGAAAUUGUAAUUAGGCUUGAUUCUGGCUUAAGGUUAACUUUAGGUUAUGUUACUGGAUAACAAAAUGUGAUGUUAUUUUGACUUCUUUAAAUCUUAAUGUUCAUAAGUUUCUUUUGCUUGUGUC